AUGGGUGUCACUCAGGCGUUACCGGGUCUGAUCAACGCAUUCGAUAACAUUGAACAAUCAUACCGCUCGCACCAUGGCAUAACUGGCGACAAGAAGACACGCAAGAAUAUGCUUAGCCACCAUUUGAAUGCGCCACGAACAAGAUGGAUCGAUUUCCAGCAAGACAUGAGGAAACGGCGCAUUGCAAGAAAUUGGGAGCUACGGGUCAUUAAGUACCUCCACGAGCAUCAUCCUGACACGAUCGUUGACCAUCUCGAUGCAAGAGAUAUCCAAGAGCUCGAGCGCCUAGUUGACGGGGCUAACCAACUCGACGAAGACGGCAAGAUAGACGCGUGGGAUAUGGGACUCAUGACAAAACUAGACCUCAUCCCAGUCCAACACAAGACUAACAAGAAACUGUGA